CCUGCGCCACAUCUCGUGCACCUGGCGCGUGGUGCGGCAUGAGCCAAGCUUAUCUGCACAAAAACAACACUCUUCUUUCUUACAUUCGACAUGCCUUCAUAACAUGCCGUCUCACUUGCGUCGAAGUUCUUUGUUACCAUCUAUUAUACUGCUCGCUGUUAUUCUGCAGCUGCUGUUCAUCAGCCCCGCUUUUGGGUUCGACUUAUUCAAGUCCAGGCGUACACCUCCUAGGCUUCCAUCAAACAACAGAGCGAAGGUUCAAAGCGAUGGAUCUUCUAGCAAUCUCGAGUUGAGACAUAUCAUCCAUCAUGGCGCUGGAAAGCCCGGUCCAAAAGCACGGAGAUUAGAUAUCACACCUGAACGUAUAGCGGCUCAAGUGAAUACAGAGGGCCAGUUACCAUCCUUUUCCAUCAAAACUUCAUCAAUAACGAUCGACAAAUCGGCAUUACAAUCAUCUGGCUAUCGAAAAUAUGGCUCGCAGUACCCUAUGUCACCACUUUGGGUUUCUGAGGAUGUAUCGGGCCCCGACAUGACGGAUAGAUAUACCGUUCUCAACUUUGCCAACAUGUCUGAAGACGCAUACAAACCCAACCAGGACGAUCCUGAAUGGCUUGAUGUUGGUGAGAAAUACAACUUCUCGCUCCCUUUCGGCUGGGAGGACAGCGGAAUCCGGGGUCAAGUAUUCAGUGACCCGACGAACUCUACUGUUGUACUUUCUGUCAAAGGCACUACAGUGUCCGUGUUCGAAGGCAAUGGGACGUCGGGUCAUGACAAGGACAACGACAAUCUUUUUGGCUCUUGUUGCUGCGCUCAAGGUGGACCCACGUUCAUGUGGCGUCAAGUUUGUGAUUGUCAAACCGGGACAUACACAUGUGACCAGGAAUGCGUAGUGAAAGAGCUUCUGAAGCCCAACAGGUAUUUUGAAGCUACCUUGGAACUAUUCGACGAAGUCAUUCAGCUUUAUCCUCGAGCCAAUAUCAUUACAACGGGUCACAGCUUGGGUGGAGUUCUAGCGUCAUUCAUCGGUCUUCGCCAUGGUCUACCAGCUGUCACCUUCGAAGCCUAUCCCCAGGCCCUAGCGGCUGCGCGCUUGGGUCUCGAAGUUGCAGGCCAAGAUUCGCCACUGCGACGAAAUACCGGUAGCUUCCAUGUCGGACAUACCGGAGACCCGAUCUACAUGGGCACAUGUAACGGUGCAACAAGCUUUUGUUCAAUCGCUGGCUAUGCUUUCGAAACGAUCUGUCACACAGGAAAGCGGUGCGUUUACGAUGUCGUUAAAGACUGGGGCUGGAGACCGAGCACUAACACCCAUCGCCUGCGAUAUGCUAUUGAGAACAUCUACUCCAAGUACGAAGAAGCUCCUGUUUGUGAGGAUGAGGAUGUGGAGUGCGUAGAUUGCUAUUUGUGGAAAUUCGAGAAUGGAACACACACAACACAAACAUCGACCUCCUCUACAGCGACCAGUACCAGUUCAUCCAGAACCAGAACUGAGACGUGCCAGACGCCAGGAUGGUGGGGUUGUCGUGACCCAACGACCACCUCAGCGCCAACGACGACAUCCAGUACUACAACUACAACUACAAGUACUUGUAAAACACCUGGUUGGUUUGGGUGUAAGGACGAGACUACUACCAACACCGCUACAACGACAACGACUACGACGACUACUACUACUACAACGUGUACGAGUAAAGGCUGGUUUGGACGUUGUUUGGAUCCUACUACGCCGGCAACUACCACGACACCGGCGGAAGCCGCAUAUGCAUACCUCACAGCACCAACAGUGACUGCCACAACAACAAUGUCAUAA